AUGGCAGAGGAGGAGGAAGAGGAGGCAGCGCAAGAGUUGACGGAGGAGCUGAUCUCGGAUAGCUUAUCAGGAAUCGAAAGUACUAUUGAUGGAAAGAGUGUCGCGUUCACCACGUUGAACCUUGAAGGCAAGAAGAUCGGAGACGUGUCUUCUAUUGCCUUGUUGGAGCAUGUUAGAUAUGCCCAUUUAUCUCGGAAUCUGAUCAAGGACUUGAGCCCACUGUCAAACUUACGGUAUCUCCUAUCCUUGAAGCUAGACAACAAUCGUUUGGAGACUGUUGAUUUGGGCUUGAUGUCUUUUCUGCAAUUCGCUGACUUUUCAAACAACAUAAUUGGGUCGUGGCAUGGAGUUGAAGCGCCUUUGCUUCGCUACCUCGACUUGAGCUUCAAUAGAAUUCAUACAGUCACCGGGCUAGAAAAGAACUCUCAAUUGCAAAAUCUGUUCCUGCAUGGUAACGAGUUGGAGUCAUGUCAAGGGGUGGCAUACCCAAACAUCAAGGAGAUCACCCUGCACAAGAACAAGAUAACAAGUUUGCAAGGUCUAAGCGCGCUUCUCAAUGUGAAGAAACUGGAUUUGUCGGAAAACAACCUAGUCGAGUUGCAAGGGCUUCCCGAUGGAGAGCUUGUCUCUCUUCACUUAAGGCAGAACCAAAUCAGCGAUCUUUCUGCUGUAACUGCUAUACAGGCGACAGGCUUGCGAGAGUUGAAUCUUGAAGAGAAUCCUGUAGCAGACAACCUGGACCGAAUCAGUGUUCUUCGUGCUCUCAGCUCGCUCACCAGCUUGAACGGAGUUCCCAUCACCUCCGAAGAACAAAAUCUCGCUUCCCAGCCUCCGCCUGAGGAAG